GAAUUGUUAAUGAGUUUGUCAUUCACAAAAACGGAAAGGAAUUUCCGCUCCGGAUAAGCCCCAGUGCAAACAAGCUGCAACAGCGGGCUCGGCGGGAGGAAGGAGAAAGAAGGGGAGGCGGCAGCGGAGGAGGAGCAGGGCACAUAAACCAGGGCACUUCAGUUGUCUCAUGUUUCCUUCUGUUGAGAGUUCACACUUCGCGUCGGAACUUUUGCGCACCAAUGGCGCAAUUAGCAUGCACAAAAGCCCUUGUUCGCGACGCUAGCGUUCGCGAGCUAGCUUUCGGAAAACUUGUGCUGACUUUUUGUUCUUUGUAUUCCCUUCAAACUCAUUUGGACCCAAGUUCGCCUUAACCCUCCCCUCCCCCAACCCCCCUUCUUUAGGCGGUGUGUGGCAUUUGUUUGCCAGUUUUAAAGGCCUAGCUCUGUUUGCUCUGAUGUUCUUUUAGCCGAGGCUGUGUUGGGGCUGGUGAACUGACUGGGCUUUAGUGACCGAUGAGGUGUUAAAUGCUAAUCCAACAUAUUUCGAAACAAACCAGGAUUUUGUUGAAACAUUUUAAAGCAAACAAACAAACGUCUGGUUGUCCAGAAAAUCAGAAGGAAACCUUUUUUCUUAAAGUAACAUUUUAUUUUGUUUAAAACAAUGUAGAGUGCAGAAACAAACUCUUAGGUCAGUCCAGUGCUUUUACUGUAUUCCGCUCCAGCGGCGUGGGGAGUUACAAGCCAUUGUUCCGGGGAUCUAAAUCUCUCCCCCCACCCCAUCACCACCGUCGCCUGCUGGGGGGUCGCGCUCGUUAAUGAUUUCUGGGCAAGGAGCUCGGCUUCUGACCGAGGAGCCGGUCUGGCGGGGCUGCCUGGGCGAGGUGUGCUGGGACGCGCCGGGCCGGGCCGGCAGUCCCCGCCAUGGGCGAGGAGUGGGGAAGGCCUGCAGGCUCCGGGGCCUCAGCAGGGGGGCUUGACGAUUGGUUACAGUUGGCAGGGAGGCAUGUCAGAGGGGGCCUCCCCAGCCUUCUCCUGCCGCCGCCGCCUCCCUUUGUCCAGCGCCGGGCACUCCGGGGAGCACUAGUCGCGCCUGCGCGCUGCGCUCCCUGCCACCGCCCCGCUGUCCCCGUCUCCCCGCUUGGCGGGCAGGGGGUUGUGCGCGAUGCAGUGGACGGGUACUGGGCUGAGCGCGGGACUCCCGGUUCCAUAAAGAUGUGGGGCGGGUGUGGGGAGCAAGGACGAGUGCCUGCCUGGACCCCCCUGGCUCCUGGCUCCCAAGGAGUCGAGGGGAACGUCUCUACCGCCCUGCAGAGCCAGCAGUUUCAGCCGUGGGAGGCCUGCGCUGGAGUUGACUCCCCCUAUCCUCCCCGAUCUGUCACAGAAGUUCCCACCCCGAGACGUUUCAGUCAUUGGGACCUGGGGACAGGGAGAGAAGAGGCAGGAUGCCCUGCAGAGGAACUGAGAAGAGCAAACCUGUUGGACAUUCAGCGCAGCACCUCCAACAGAAGAGAAAGGGAGGGAAGUUGGGUUUCCACUUUGCCUGUUUUAAUACGCAGCUACCUGAGUAUGACUAUAGAUUCGAGAGGAUACAUCCAAACUGUAGUUUUUACCCAUGCUUCUGAACUCUAUUGCCAAGGGAAUGCCGAUCUUUCCUGGCGCAUUGGCUAAGUGGCGUUCUGACCGCUCAGUCCUAGAAAUGCUGAGAAAAGGGCUUCUGGAGUGGGAAGGCCCUCGUUUGCAUUAUGUCCCCCGCUUCUUCCUAGGUAUGCGCCAUUAGUUAAAUCAUUUAGUUGUUCUAAGUUGCAGUCUUCUUUAUAAUGAAGAUAAAACUAUCUGCUUCAUAGGGUCCUUGUGACAACAAAAUGGGUACGGUGAAAUGUCCUAAAGUGGUGGUGGGGUGCUAUUAGCUGUUGGAAUUAAUUUUUUAUGUUUCUGAAUGGAGGAUCUGUGAAAAGGCCUCGGUUUGGGGGCAAGGUUUGGGCAUCCCACAGAUGCCCCUUGAGGCUUGCUUGGCAGCCCGCCUGCACUCGCUCAUCUCCGGGAAAGCCCUCUGAGGUACUACCCUAACCGAUUUAAUCCGUUCCAAUUCAGCUGUCAAGUAAAGGAGGUGUUAUCGUAGACCAGGAUCAAAAUCCUUUAGCACGAUUAUCAGAAUGGACCCAGCUACAUUUCUGACUUCUCCCUACUGGUUACCUUUGAAACACUGUGUUCUCCAGUCACAGCAAACUGAUUUAACAAUGCCUAUUAGGCACUUACUACACGAUGGGUAUCGUCUUGUUUCUGUGUUUACGUGCAUAAUUUCGGACAGUCUUCAGAAAAGACGUAAAUUAUCCCCAUUUACAAAGAUUAAGGAGUUUGCCCAAGGUCACACAGUAGCAACGGAGAGUGUCAAGACGUGAGGCCAAACCCUUUAUAGACUCUUAAGGAUGCCCACAUGCACGGAUUAUAUAUAGUGUUGUGGACACUAUACUCACCUCCACGUGGUAUUCCCUGCCCACAUAUGAAGAAUCUCAAGGGAAGCAUUUUGAAUUUUGACCUCCAGGCUUUCUCCAGCCUCACGUUUUUUGUUGCAUCCUCCCUACAGAGGUCAAAGAUCAAAAGUUAGGCUACUUUCCCUGCUCCUUUUACACACCAGUGGUUUUCUUUGCACCCAACUCUUCAUCAGUCAACCAUUCACUAAAUGUUGCGUCUUCUCUCUCCCUUAGAAUAUGCUGUAGAUCCUAAUCUUCACAAGUGCCAUUGCUUAUCUAGUGCAUCAGCACAGCACAUAAGCCUGGGUUCAAACCUCUGUCACUCACUGGUCGUCUGGGCCUCACUUCAUUCAUUCAUUGACGCAUUUAUUCUAGAUUCCAGGAAAGCAGCAGAGAAUAAAGAGACAAGAAUAGCCUGCCUCACUGAAGUUUACAUUCUAAUGAGGACAGUCCAAUAAAACAAAUAAUUAUAUAUUAGAAAGUGAAAGCGCUAUAGAGAAAAAGCAAGAAAAGCAAUUCGGAAGUGUGUAACAUUGGGAAUAUAUAUUCCUCCCUCAAAGGACUGUGAGGUAGAGACAACUGAGAUGACACACGAGAAGUGUAGGGCACAAAGUCCGUAUUCAGAAGAUGAUUUUUAAAAUAUCACCACUUCGGGGAGGGGAGGGAUAGCAUUAGAAGAUACACCUAAUGUAAAUGACGAGUUAAUGGGUGCAGCACACCAACAUGGCACGUGUAUACACAUGUAGCAAACCUGCACAUUGUGCACAUGUACCCUAGAACUAUAAUAAAAUACCCUAGAAGUAUAAUAAAAAUUAAAAAAUAUAUAUCGCCACUUCAUUCCUGCAUAAGGCAUGCUGUUGGUGGUGAUCUUGCCAUUUCUGUGAGGCACUGAGGAAAAGGUCUCUUAGGAGAUAAGGAAGAAUUACAGGCUUAGUAGUAGGAAGAAUUACAGGCUUCCUUAAUUCCGGAGGCCUCGGUGCCCUUCAGAGGAUAUCAUUCAUAUGAAGAGGGCUGUGUUUAAAGACUGGAGAUAGCAGAUCAUCUGUGAUCCAUUCUCAUGAGUGCAGAGAAGCACUUUCAUAGAUCCUCAUUUCUGUGUGUGUGUGUGUGUGUGCACUGAGCGCCUGUGCUUGUGCUUGAAUUCCUCCUGGUGUUUCCCUCUGGAAAGUUCCUUAAAAAUUGUUAGUUAAAAGACAAUUUUUUAAAAAGCUGUGUCCUUUGGUUAUAAAAUUUUCUCAAAGCAAUUCGAGAAACAUUCCAAUUUUGCAGGAAUUUACCUGAGUUCAAGGACACUUGCGAUUUAUAAGAUCCAAAUGGGCUAGCAUGACCUUUAAUCUUCUUGGAAUAAUCUCUGUGAAUACAAUGACAUUUAUUAACACAUCAUGUGAAAACAGUUAAACAGAUUUUCAGCAAACAAGAAGAGUUGGGGAAGUUCUGACUUAAAAUGUAAAUGCAUUUAGGGGUCCCAGGUAGGCCCUCAAAGUGACAGUGGCUUUCAGUGCAGCUGAAACUUAAAAACUGAAUUUAACCGUAUUUGGGGUGCACAAAACUCACCGUAGUCUUCUGACGAGUGCUUUUAAAAGAUACCAAAAGGCCGGGCGCGGUGGCUCACGCCUGUAAUCCCAGCACUUUGGGAGGCCGAGGUGGGCAGAUCACGAGGUCAGGAGAUCCAGACCA